CUGACUCUCUGUGAAUCACGGUGAGUAAUCGGCGGCAGAAUGUGCAGCGUGCUCAGACCUGCUGCAGGACAGCAGAGUGGUUAAAACCCGGCGCUCGCCCAGAACCAGAACAUUCUCCUCAGCUGAUUUCUGGAUCCAACGACAUGGAGAGCUGCUGGGUUUCCCUCUGCGUGGUUCUGGCCGCUCUGGGCUCGGUCCAGACCACCUACACCUCCUACUCAGACUCCCGCUGCGAGUGCAGCGGCCGGGCGUGGCGCUGCCUGCAGGACGCCUGGGGUCUGCGCUGCCUGGACUGUCAGGGAAACACCGAGGGUCGACGCUGCGAGCGCUGCAAGGACGGAUUCUACCAGCAGGGGGCGCGGCUGAGCUGCACGCCCUGCAACUGCAACCCCACAGGUUCAGUUAGCAACACGUGUGACAGCAGGGGGCGCUGCAGCUGUAAGGAAGGCGUCUCUGGAGACAAAUGUGACCUUUGCCCCGACGGCCCGGUGGGAGCGGACGGCUGCAGCAGGAGGCGCCAGGAAAGAGAGGAUUCUGGGAGUUUGACUCUGCCGUGUUUCUGUUACGGACACAGUGAUCGUUGUUCUGCUCGGCCUGGUUUCUCCAUCCACAGCGUCUCCUCCACCUUCAGCUCAGGUCCGGACGGCUGGACGGCGGCGACGGCCCAGCGUACGACUCCUCAGGACGUUCUGUUCCGCUGGUCGCCCAGACACCAGGACCUGGAGGUAGUGUCCAAGCAAAGCCUGCCCACUUACCUGUACGCACCAGACGUUUACCUGGGGAACAAACUGCUGAGUUACGGCCAGAACCUGUCCUUCUCGCUGCGUUUGGACAGCGGCGUUCGCCACCCGUCCACCAGCGACGUCGUCCUGGAGGGCGGCGGCCUGACGGUGGCGGCGGCGCUGGGGGACCUGAGGGCCGUUGUCCCUUGUGGGAAGAAGCUCAACUACACCUUCAGGCUGGAUGAGAAGCUCAGCAUGUGGAAACCUCAACUUUCCUCAUUCGAGUUCCAGAAGCUUCUCCAGAACCUGACGGCCAUAAAGAUCCGGGCCACGUUUGGAAAAGAUGGACGCGGUUACCUUGACAACGUGAACCUGGUUUCGGCUCGGCGUGGCGACGGCGUGGCGGCCGGCUGGGUCCGGACCUGCACAUGUCCACCGGGAUACGAGGGCGACUUCUGUGAGCGCUGCGCGGCCGGGUUCAGGCGCCGGGCGCCGUCAUCCGGGGCCUUCAGCGCCUGCGAGCCGUGCAGCUGCAGGGGCGGCAGCUGCGACCCCCAGACCGGAGACUGUUACUCCGCAGACGAGACGUCCGGCGAGCGGAGCUGCUCCGAGGGGUUCUACAGAGACCCGCGGCAGCAGGGGGCCUGUGAGCGCUGCCCCUGUCCGGAGAGGUCGUCCUGCUUUCUGGAGGCCGGAGCUCUGGAGCCUCAGUGCCUCCGCUGUCCGCAGGGAACCUUCGGGUUUUACUGCGACACCUGUCGGGAGGGUUUCUAUGGCGACCCCGCAGGUCUGCGAGGCGCACAGCGACCCUGCAGACCCUGCAGCUGCAACGGUCACAUUGACGUCAGCAUGGCGGGAAGCUGCGACCGCAACAGCGGAGAAUGCCUGAAGUGUCUGAACAACACGACCGGUCGGUUCUGUGAGAGCUGCCUGGCCGGGUUCUACCGGAACCCGUCCACCAGCGCCUGCAAACCCUGCAGCUGUGACAUCCUGGGCUCAGAGGACGGCCAGUGCGACGCGGCCGGACGGUGCCGGUGCCGAGCGGGCUUCCAGGGUCCGAGGUGUGACCGGCCCAACUGCCCCACCUGCUUCAGCCCCAUCAGGAAGAAGAUGGAGCUUUACUCCGUCAGACUGAAGGAGCUGGAGAUCCUGCUGUCUGGGUCGGGUCGGGUUCCGACCAACCGGGCUGAGAUGGAGGCGGCUCUGAGAGCGAUGGAGGAUCUGAUGAAGGACCUGCAGCAGAACGCCGAGCAGCUGACGGAUCAGGAGAAGAUGCUGCAGACUCGCCUGUCGUCCAUCAGCGGCCGUCAGUUCACUGAAGAACAGAAGAUCCAGAACAUCUCAGAGACGCUCAAACACAUCGGCCAGCAGCAGCGGACCUUCAAGUCCAAGGUGGAGGAGGUGGAGACUCUGAUCGCUGCCAUGAAAAACCUUCUGGCGGAGGCAAAAACCAAGAUCCAGUCCGUGGAUCUUCCUGUCCGCGAUGAUCCACUGACUUCAGGCUCGCUGUCCUCUCUGGUGCAGCAGGCGACAGGCCUGGCCAAUGAACACAAAGCGACGGCGGACUCUGUGGAGCAGGCGGCCAACCAGGCUCUGAGCGACUCCAAGCAGAGUCUGGAUCUGAUCCGGACUCUGAUGAACAAGGAGAACAAAGUCCAGGAGCUGAUCGGAGAUCUGCAGGAUCUAUACGAUAAAACCUCAGCAGAUGUGACGAGUUUGGAGAAGCGAGCAGGAAGUCUGAGCGAAGACGCCAAACAGGAGAGCAAGAUGGCCGACGGCAUGCUGAAAGACAUUUCCAGGCUGGAGAAGAACCUCCCACCGUCCAUGAAGGAUGCUGUGGACGCCAUGGUAACCAGGCUGGACGCCUUGAAGGAGGCGCAGAAGAACAUCUCCGCCGUGGACGAUCUGCUGGGCGCUGCGGAGAAAGACCGGACCGGCGCCAAGGAGCUGCUGGAUCAGGGCCAAACCGCCCAGCAGGAGUUCAACAAGCUGCUGGACCGGGUCGGCGCCGCUAAAGCGGAAACCGAGAAAGCUCUGCAAGGCGCCGGUACCAACAACGACCUGGACGACACCCUGAACACCCUGAGAGGUUUCGACCAGCAGAUCGGCGACAGUAAAUCUGGAGCUGAUGAAGCCGUCAAGCGUCUUCCGAACAUCAGCAGCACCAUCCAGGAAGCUGUGGGUAAAAACGUCCAGACCCAGUCGGUUCUGGACGCGGCGUCCAAAGAUCACGACGAGGCGAUGGGAAACAUCAACGCGCUGGACGGCUUGGCCAAAAACCUCCAGAACACGGCCGGGUCGCUGCCGAAUGCUGACGGUUUGGUGAGCGAAGCCGACAAACUGAACCAGGAGGCCAAGAACCUGAAGGCCGGAGCGGAGCAGACGGCCGCCGGGCUGAAGGACGGGCUGAAGGAGGUGAAGGGGCUGGCUGCUGGAGCGGAGGAGGCGGUUGCCGGAGCGACCGCGGCGCUCGCCAACGCCAAGCAGAGCAAAGACGCCGUUCAGGAAACGCUGAGAUCCGUCAGCAACAUGCUGGCCACCCUGAACUCCGGAGACGUUGUGGACGAGGAGCAGCUGAUGAAGCUGGAGGCGGCUCUGGUCCGGGCGGAGGAGGAGGUGCAGCAGCUCCUGCGGCCGCGGCUGGAGAAGGUGGAGGACCAGGAGGAGGCGCAUCGCCGGCGCCUCGCCGCCAUCAACACGGACAUCGACGGCAUCCUGAGGGACAUCGCCAACCUGGAGGACAUCCGGAACAGCAUCCCUGCUGGCUGCUACAACACCCCGCCCAUCGAGGAGCCCUGAGCCGCAGGGCGGAGGUCAGGGGUCAAAGGCCGCACGCUUCCACUCCGGACGCUCCAGAACCUGGAACGGUUUUCCUCCUCCUGGGAGUUUCCAUCUGCUGCCGUUCAUAUCAAACCUUCCUGCCUUUAACUGGACCGUCCUGAGGAACCGGUUCUGGUCCGGCUCGGUCGGUCCGCUCUGCUCUUUUUAGUGUUCAGAUUAUUUUUCUACAAAAUAAAUAAAAACAACCAAACUAGUUGUUUCACCUCUGACUCCUGAUUCAGGACAACAAAUACCUGGAAAACCGGCUGAUGUGUUUUAAUAUAUUUUAUUAUUAUUAUUAUACAAUCAGCUGAUAAUUAUGCAAUAAGUUUAUUAUAUUAGUUCUUACUAAUAUAUUAGCAUAAUUUCACAUUUAUUUAGUAACUGUGGGAUUUAAUCCACAAAGUUUUAAAUUGAAUUCGUCCAAAAGUUUCCAGCUGAUUGUAACCAUGGAAACGGUGACUGUCACGGCGUUUCCUUAAAUGUUCAGAUUGUUUAUUUAAACCUUUUUGUUUCAGUAUUUAUCUGUGAAUAAGGAGAGAAAACAUUUAAAUUUCUCCAAGUUUACAAACUUUCUGCAGGUUGUGGGAGCCGUUGGAAAAGUUUCCAUGAAUUUAUAGAUUAUUAACAGAUUAUUAACAGAAAUACAUUUAUUCUGUAUUUAUACUUGUACAGAUUUAUAUUUUUUGCUGAUAUGAAAAAAUUAUUAGUUUUGUUACAAAACAUGUUGAACCACUGAAUGGCAGAAAUAUUUAAUUUUCCUUAAUGAUUUCUAAUAAAAUUAAUUUCAAAUCUUUAUCCUUCUGUUUAUCCGUUUUGUAUGUUUUGGAUCCGUCUUCAUGUCGGUUCUGUGUUCUCCAGCAGAACUCAGGAAAAACACGAUUUUCAGUCCAUUUCACUUUCUAAAUUAAAAAUCCUAUUAAUUUAUUUUUGCUACUUUAAAACAAGGUUUGGCUAAUAAUGCUCAUAUUUUUAUCUGAAAAUUACAAUACUUUUAAUUUUAAGAAAUUAAGUAUAGUAAGUUUUACUAUCAAUUUUCUACCAGUAAUUUAUUCCUUAAUCUUGAGUUGUGGUAAAAAUAGUUUAGUUAUAGUUCAUACAGGUUUUAAACAGCAAAAGAAAUAAAACUAACUUUCCAUGUAAACUUCAAAUAAAUCCAGUAAAAGUGCAUUACUUAGAAGAAAUACUUUAUUUCGCCAGCAGAGGGUGUAAAUGUAACCACAGUUGAAUAAGACUCAGUUAUUAAAGCUUAAAUGAAAAUAAAAAUGUUUUAGUGCAUUCUUUGAUUCAUUUUCCAAACAUCCUGCCUGCAAACACACUUACACACACACACACUCACACACACACUUACACACACACACACACACACACACACACACUCACACACACACUCACACACACACACAGUUCAAAUGGAUGGUGACCAACAUGAACCUGGAAACACACACACACUUACACACACACACACACACCCCCACACACAUUUACACACACACUCACACACACACUUACACACACACACACUUACACACACACACACUCACACACACACACUUACACACACACACUUACACACACUCACACACGUCGGUACAUUUACAGUGAAUAAAAAAUGGGCGACGGAGAGGAUGAUCUGAAGCUACGAUUUCUUUAUAUCUAUAUUUAUUAUAAUUAUUUUAUUUCCCAAACACAAUCACUACAGACCAUAAUAAUCUAAUGAGGGAAAAACAUUCAUGCCAAAACCAAACAGUCAGAAAAAAGCAUGCAGACGGAGAACAGGAGCAAACCGAGAGAAAACAUCCUGAACGCUUUACAGAAGGUGCUUCUUCAUCACCACCAUCAUCAUCAUCACCAUCAUCAUCAUUAUUAUUAUUAUGAUCACCAUCAUCAUCAUCAUCACCAUCAUCAUCACCACCAUCAUCAUCACCAUCAUCAUCAUCAUCACCACCAUCAUCAUCACCAUCAUCAUCAUCAUCACCACCAUCAUCACCACCAUCAUCACCAUCAUCAUCAUCAUCAUCACCUUCAUCAUCCUCUCCUCCUCUGACAUCACUUCCUCAUCAUAAAGCCUCCCGGUUCAGCAGCUCCCCCUGCUGGUCAACACAUUCACAGUUCUGUGGGUGAAGUUCUGCAGGAACUUCCGGGUCUUCCUCCAGAACCUCUUCAUGUUCUGAUCAGAACCUUCUUUAUUUACAAGUCAGUGGGAGCGGCUCAUGUUUUAUAACUAUUUUGAUUUCUACAGAUUAAUUUACUGUUGAUUCCCUAAAGUAACCUGAUGAGGAAGUGAUGCGUUGCUGCUGCUAAAAACAGUUUAAAAUCAUUAAAUUCGCUAAA